AUGGCUGAUGAGGGAGCACCAUCAAGUGGAGGACAUCUCUGCUCCAUCCGUCAACUGUUGCAAUUCCCAGAAGAAACCAACCCAAAGGAUCUAGUAUUUCAUAUUGUACAUGCAGCUCGUAGCCAGCCAGCUGUUGUGAUGCCAGCACUCAUGACGAUCCUCCAACAGGAUGAGGGCUCUGUCUGGGAGAAGGUGGCCAUCUACCGCAGCCUUCGGGCGAUGCUGGAGCGUGGCCUGGAGGUGGAGCCUGCCUGCAGCUUCGUUCUCACAGCCUUGAAGCAGCUGAGAGCAUCUCUGUUGGAGGUGCCUUGGGAGCUCCAGGUGGCUGUCAGCAAUGCCCUGGCCAGUUUUGCUCGCCGACAUUUCAGUGUCAUCAUGAAUGAGCUUCAGAGGCACCUCAAGCCUUUCGGCCAGCCUGAUGAGUUCACGCUCCUCACUUUGGGCAAAGUCACAACCAUGAAUGUGUACCAUUGUGUCCCCUUCUUUGGCAUCACCCUAACCACCAUGCAGACAGUCACACGUAGAAUUGAGGAUGCCAGGAGGCGCUGGGCCCUCUGCACAGCCCUGAAACAGAUAUGCAAAGCAAUUCAAAUCUACCUUCGGACCUGGGAAAGGAGUUCCUACCCACGUAUCAGUGUCCAGCAAUUCUCCAGCUACCUUCUGCCACUUUAUGCCUGUAUCACUCGCACCUGGUUACCUGGCAGUCACUCCAAGGUCAGGCUAGCAGUUCUGAAGGCCUUAAGCCCCAUGCUGAGCAUCCUGCUACCCAGGACGGAAUUCCAGACUCAGAUCCAUGACGACAUCAUUUUGCUCUCGUUGCAGUACGACAGCAGCAGCACCGAAGCUUUUUAUAUCUCUAAGAUCCUGGGCCAGAUUCUCGAAGCUUCUCUAGUGAACAAAAACCCAAUCCCUAGUAUGUAUGUGGGGGCCCUUGCACAGAAUCUGAUCCUGCAGAUCUGCAGCAGAGAGCCAAAGGAACAUCUUCAAUGGCAGAGCCACAACUCUGCUGAAAUCACACAGCUCUUCCUAAAACUAGCACGUUCACAUCCUUCUGAGCUUCUGCGGUUUUUCCUGAGGAAGCUGGAAGAAAGCCAAGAAGAUGUUCGCCUGGUGGUGCUGUUACUGCUGUCUGAAAUUGUUGGUGCCCAAUUGCCUGAGGUUUGGAACAAGAGGCUGCUUUGUGUAAAGGUGGUGAAGGCUGUCCUGGUUGAUGAUAGCACCCUGAUUAUUAGAAAACUGCUGUCUGUCAGUUAUUUGGAGAAAAUUGAAGGAUGGCCUCUGAAUUACAUUGCUCUGCAGCUGUCCAAGUCUGCCCAUCAGCUGACACAGCCAACGUGGGAUCUUCCUUUGGGAGGUUUAAAGGAGAAGGCCAUGGAGAGAGUCAGUGUGGAUCUUCUCCAUUUCGCCGUAACUUCAGGAAGAGGUGCAAGUCAGGCCCUUGCAGUUUGCCCUUUAGAAGGAGGUGGCCAAGGAAUUGCAGCGCUUCUCCUGCUAAGUGCUUUGCGCCCAGAAUUCUACAAAGGUGUGGGUGAACAUUGGUGGGUCGAAGUGCCCAUCCUGGCCCAUUACCUGGAAGGCCACAGCAAGUACACAUUGCCACCAGCAGCCUGGGAGCAGAAGCUACUGGAGUUCCUGAAGAAAUCCUUACAGAGAAACCAGGAAGAAGGCUGGAACCUAAUCUUGGGGCAGGAACUCAUGAAGCAGAUGGGCGUCUAUCACAACUCCUCUAAAGAAAAAGUCAGUGUGAUAAAGAAUAUUGGUGAUGUCCUUCAUCAAAAGGCUAACCAGUUCCACCUUGUCUUCCUCUACAAGACUUUGGGAAUUGCUCUUUCUGCUACAGGAGAUGUAGGUGGGGUGACCCAGCAGCUCCUGCAUUUGCUUUCGCAUACAGAUUAUACUGAGCAAGCCCAGCAAAAGGGUACUCGCUGGUGUCUGGCCUACUGUGCAGAGGGGCAGCUUGUGGCGGUGCUGGAAGCUCUACAUUGCUUUGAGAAAGAGAUUUCUGAGGGAAAAGAUUUGGCUUGCUUUAGGAUUGGCCAGGGCUUGCCAGAGAAAGAACAUGUGAUGAAUACCCUCCUUCUAUUAUAUGGUAGUGUGGCAAUCCGUGUCUCCCAAGAACAGCUAGUGCCUCAUCUGGCCAGUGAGAUUGUGCCAAGGAUCCUACACCAUUAUAUGACACUAAGCAAUCCAGAGAGGGCCAAUGAUGCUGAGCUGGUUCUGAGUUUCGCCCAGUGUGUGUCAGAAAUUAGUCUUUCCACGAAGAGCAAAGGGGAUUCUACUACCUUCCAGCUGCCUCAAAAAAGAGUGUUGCUUGACCUUCUCAUGAAUACAGUUAAAACAGAGUCUCCGGAAGUGCUUGUAACUCCUGUCUGUCAACAGGUGAUGGUGGCCCUUCGGCACCUGAGCAAGGUGCCAGAAAUCCUGAGCCCUGAGGAGAACUGGAAGCUGGCAGAGGCCUGUCUGAGCCACGUCUUUGCUCUUCCUCCCUUCGGGGUUGCAGAAGGUGCCAGUCAAACUCUAUAUACUGGUACUUUGACUUCCUUGUCGGAGCUGAUGGAGACCUUACUGGAGCCAGGAUCAGGAGAGAAUGACUUUUCAGACUGGCUCCAGCAGAUCUUCCAGCUCUUAGGCUAUUGGCUGGUGUCAGAGCAUGAAUGGGAGCGUGCUCGGGCUAUGCAGCUUGGUGUCCAUCUACUGAAAGCUCAUUGCCAGAGGACUAACACUUCUAUCUCUCAGAACCAGUUCAGCCACUUGAUGGCACUGUUGGGUCCUUUUACUUAUGACACACUGAGCACCAUUCGUCAUAGUGCUGGUAAUUGCAUUCGACUCCUGCUAAACAUCCAAGGAGCCACAAAGUUGCGUGAACCCAAAGUGCGUGUCAACCAACAGCGAUUGUAUUGCAUUCAAAGGGACCUUCAAAGUGAGAGUACUGAGACGAUGCACACUGCCUCUCUCCAGCUGGCCAAAAUUGUCAGCUGUGUCCUGCCUCUCCAAGGAAUCCUAACCUUCUUGCACACUUUGCUGGAGCAACUGAGGACUGUGAACAGUGCCUGUGACAAGGCUGCCCUCCUGUGGUUUGAGGUGGCUGUGAAGGAACGGCGACCAGAUCUAAAAGACAAGGUUCACAAUAUCGUAGACAUCAUUUGUUCCUUUUGGCAAUAUUCCGAAGACUCAGCUCAGCGCCAGUUCCUGGGCCAGGCCAUCUGCAUUUUGGCCGAGCAUCAUUGCAAAGCAGUUUGUUUCUCUCUCCUGGAGCAACCCCUGCUUCAAGACAAAGUAAAGAGAGAACUCUGGGCAUCGCUUGCAACCUAUAAAAAUAGUGGUCCUUCUGUCCUGAAGUGUUUGCUCAUCUGGAUGAGAAUGAAAAGAAAUGACACCAGCAGCUGCCUUUGGGGUCUUGAGGCUCUCCAUGAGGUAGUCUUGGCUUUGGAUGAUUGUGCCACCUUGUUUCCAUUAUUGACAGAGCUGUGCUACAUUCUUCUGCAGCAGCUCAGCAAACAUCAGGAUGAUAAGAUGCCUACGUUCUCUUUUUCUCCUCUAGAAAGCAACGGGAGUCUUGAGACCAAGUUCAUGGCAUCCCAUGGGUAAACAUUGUGCCUUUCCUAAAAGUGGACAGUUCCUUCGAAACCUCUCAUGUUUCUGGCAUGUCUUCCCUUCAAAUACUUGUUGCCAGGAAUGUUUCACUGCCUGGAAUGUGAAAGUUGCACUGGUGUUGUGUGGCACUGCCCAGCAGCCAUCAAUUGGCUAGCAAUCUGUUGCCAGGGAAAGAGGCCUUGACAAUCAUCUGGAGGAAAUGGCUUCAUUGUUUUCUUCUAACAAUAAUUAAGCUGCUUGGUUGGGUUUCAUUAUUAAUUUAG